CAAUAGCCAAAACAACAUUUCUUUGUUUAGUUGCAAAAAUAACCAAUGGAGCCUAACUUUAUGUUUUCACUUCUUCUCAUAAUUUCUCUUUGGCUUCUAUUAACCUUUCAUAGCAAUGCUGAGACUUCCACAUAUAUAAUCCAUAUGAACAAAUCCUUCUUUCCUCAAGUCUUCACAAAUCAUCAUGAUUGGUUCAAAUCUACCAUUCAUUCCUUAAAAUCAAAAACAUUAGUGCUUGAUGAUCAUGAUCAACAAGAAGAAGCAUCAAUGCAAUCACAGAAGCAACUAGUAUACACCUAUGAUAAUGCCAUGUAUGGAUUUAGUGCAUUGUUAUCUUCAAAUGAGUUAGAGACUCUUAACAACACUGAUGGCUUUGUUGCAGCAUAUCAAGACAGAACAGCAACCAUGGACACAACUCACACCUUUGAAUUUCUCUCCCUAGAUUCUCCAAGUGGUCUAUGGCAUGCUUCAAAUUUCGGAGACGAUAUCAUUAUUGGUGUUAUUGACUCUGGUGUAUGGCCUGAGAGUCAAAGCUUUAAAGAUGACGGCAUGACAAAGAAAAUUCCGAACAAAUGGAAAGGAACAUGUGAAACUGGCCAUAAAUUCAAUGCCUCCAUGUGCAACUUCAAACUGAUUGGAGCUAGAUCUUUCAACAAAGGUGUGAUUGCUUCAAAUCCAAAUGUUAGAAUCAGGAUGAACUCAGCUAGAGACAGUAUCGGACAUGGAACUCAUACAUCAUCAACAGUUGCAGGUAACUAUGUCAAUGGAACUUCUUAUUUUGGUUAUGCUAAAGGAGUAGCAAGAGGCAUUGCACCAAGAGCUAGGCUUGCUAUGUACAAAGUCAUUUGGGAAGAGGGUCUUUUGGCUUCUGAUGUUUUAGCUGGAAUGGACCAAGCUAUUGCUGAUGGUGUUGAUGUGAUUUCAAUUUCUAUGGGAUUUGAUGGUGUUCCACUUUAUGAAGAUGCUAUAGCAAUAGCUUCUUUUGCAGCUAUGGAGAAAGGGAUUGUUGUUUCGUCUUCUGCAGGUAACUCAGGACCUAAGCAUGGAACUUUGCACAAUGGUAUCCCUUGGGUUCUUACUGUAGCUGCAGGAACCAUAGAUAGAACUUUUGGCAGCCUUGUUUUGGGGAAUGGUCAAAACAUUAUUGGUUGGACUUUGUUUGCAUCAAAUUCAACUAUAGUCGAAAAUCUUCCUCUUGUUUACGAUAACACUUUAUCUUCAUGCAAUUCAGUGAAGCGUUUAUCUCAAGUUAACAAGCAAGUCAUAAUUAUUUGUGACUCAAUAUCAAACUCAAGCUCAGUGUUUGAUCAAAUCGAUGUUGUUACACAAACCAAUAUGUUAGGGGCAGUGUUUCUCUCUGAUAGUCCUGAAUUAAUUGAUUUAAGACAUAUCUACGCUCCAGGUAUUGUUAUCAAGACAAAAGAUGCAGAAUCUGUGAUCAAGUACGCAAAACGCAAUAAGAAUAAUCCAACAGCAAGCAUUAAGUUUCAACAAACAUUUCUUGGAAUAAAACCGGCACCAAUUGCAGCUCAUUACUCAUCAAGAGGUCCAUCACAUGGCUUUCCUUGGAUUUUGAAGCCUGACAUAAUGGCACCUGGAUCAAGAGUUCUCGCUGCUUUUGUUCCUUAUAAACCAACAGCUAGAAUUGGUACCGAUGUGUUCUUAUCAAGUGACUACAAUUUCAUGUCAGGAACAUCCAUGGCUUGUCCUCAUGCCUCUGGUGUUGCUGCUCUUCUCAAAGCUGUACAUCCACAAUGGAGUUCUGCUGCUAUAAGAUCUGCAUUGAUAACCACAGCUAAUCCUUUGGAUAAUACAAAAAAUCUAAUAAGGGAUAACGGUUAUCCUUCUCAAUAUGCUUCACCUCUCGCUAUCGGUGCUGGUGAGAUUGAUCCUAAUAGAGCAAUGAAUCCAGAUUCUCCAAGUGGUCUAUGGCAUGCUUCAAAUUUUGGAGAUGACAUCAUUGUUGGUGUUAUAGAUUCUGGUGUGUGGCCUGAGAGUCAAAGCUUUAAAGAUGAUGGCAUGACAAAGAAAAUUCCAAACAAAUGGAAAGGAACAUGUGAAACUGGCCAUAAAUUCAAUGCCUCCGUGUGCAACUUCAAACUGAUUGGAGCAAGAUCUUUCAAUAAAGGUGUGAUUGCAGGUAACUAUCGAAAUGUUGGAAUCAGCAAGAACUCAGCUAGAGACAGUAUCGGACAUGGAACUCAUACAUCAUCAACUGUUGCAGGUAACUAUGUCAACGGAGCUUCUUAUUUUGGCUAUGCUAAAGGAGUAGCAAGAGGCAUUGCACCAAAAGCUAAGAUUGCUAUGUACAAAGUCAUUUGGGAAGAGGAUGUUAUGGCUUCUGAUGUUUUAGCUGGAAUGGACCAAGCAAUUAUUGAUGGUGUUGACGUGAUUUCAAUUUCUAUUGGAAUUGAUGGUAUUCCACUUUAUGAAGAUGCUAUAGCAAUAGCUUCUUUUACAGCUAUGGAGAAAGGGAUUGUUGUUUCAUCUUCUGCAGGUAACUCAGGACCUAAGCAUGGAACCUUGCACAAUGGUAUCCCUUGGGUCCUUACUGUAGCUGCAGGAACCACAGAUAGAACUUUUGGCAGCCUUGUUUUGGGAAAUGGUGAAAACAUUAUUGGUGGUGAGAUUGAUCCUAAUAGAGCAAUGAAUCCAGGUUUAGUUUAUGAUUGUACACCACAAGACUAUGUUAAUUUCCUUUGUGGCUUGAAGUUCACAAAGAGGCAAAUUUUAACAAUCACAAGAUCAAGUUCUCAUGGUUGUGAAAACACUUCUUUGGAUCUUAAUUACCCUUCAUUUAUAGCUUUCUACAACAAAAAAACAAGAUCAAUGGUUCACACAUUUAACAGGACUGUUACCAAUGUUGGUGAUGGUGCUGCUACAUAUAGUGCUAAAGUGACACAACCCAAAGGUUGUGUGGUGAGAGUGUUACCUGAAAUAUUAACUUUCAGUUAUAGAAAUGAGAAACAAAGUUACUACAUUAUCAUAAAGUGUGACAUGUACAAGAAGAAAUAUGUUUCAUUUGGUGAUCUUGUUUGGAUUGAAGAUGGUGGAGUACACACUGUUAGAAGUCCUAUUGUAGUGGCACCAACUGGAAUUAUAUGAGCUUUCAAGUGUUUUUUUUCAA